AUGGCUGCGCCCGCCGUCGAGAACCCAGUGCCAGUGACGGGCGAGUCCAAGUCAGCUCGCAAGAAGAAGGCCAAGGCAGAAGCAGCGAACACCUCGACCAAUGGAACCGGUCACCCCGCCGCCGCCGUCCCGGCCGAUGCAUCCAAGGAUGAUUCGGUCGUGGCAGAGGCUGACAGUGAUCACCCAUAUCUCAAGGAGCUGCAAAAGCAGAUCCGCAACAUCAACAAGAAGCUCACUGCCAUGCAGAAGCUCGACUCCGUCCUGGCCGAGAACCAGGGUGUCUCCCUCGAUGACCUCGUUGCUCAGCGUAAGAUCAACACCGAUCAAAAGGCUGCAGCUCUCAAGAAGCCUCAGCUCCAAGCCCAGCUGGCCGAGCUCGAAGAGCGUCAAGAGCAUUACCGCAAGUUCGACUCCGACUACCAGGUGAAAUUCAGCAAGCAGCGGGAUGAGCUUGCGUCGCAGCACCAGCAAGAGCUUGAGAAGGUCAAGCAGGAGCUGCGGGCCGAAGCUACGUCAACAACAUCACACGAGCUGAGAAGCAAGCUGCUCCUGUUCUCGCAGUUCUUGAGAGCUGCUGCUGCCAAGCGGACCAUCGAGGAGGAUGCUGAUACCGAUGAGAGCAAGGCAUUCGAGGGAGCGCUGCUGCUGGUCUAUGGAGGCGAUGACAAGGCCGUCGAUACCGCCAUCAACCUCAUCGAAGGCUCUGACGAGCAGGUCCCGAGCAUCGAAGGCAGCCCUCUGCCUGUCACUUACGCCAAUGUAAAGCAAGCCUCGAUCGAUCACGCUCCAUUCCAAACCGAGGAGGCCUGGGUGGACCAGGUCGCCGAAGCUACAGGAGGUGACCCAGGAGCCACCGAUCCAACGCAGGCCAACGCCAGCCUCACGGAGCUCCAGGAGGCUCAGACCAACGGCAUCCCAGACGAGGGCGAGCACGAGCCAAACUCUGCCGCUCCAGUCUCUGCUGGUGGUGUUGGGAAUGUGGCUGGGGAGCGUUGGGACACUGAUGCCGCUGGCACGUCUGGAGGAGCUGAGAAGGGUGGUCUGGAGGAGAGCUACGAGAUCAUUGCUCGUCCGUCUGAGGAGGUGGAAGUGCCGGCGGAGGCAAACACGAUCUCCGAGCAGCCACAGAGCACCAGCUGGGCCGACGAACCCCAAGAAGUUGGAGCAGGUGUUGGCAACGAGGCUGGCGAGGGUUGGGACGUGAAGGCUCCAGGUGAAGCAGACAACAGCUGGGCUGCAGAGGCAGGCGCCGCAGCGAACGGCUGGGCAGAUGGUGCUGGGGAUGCUGCCGCCGCUCCAGCUGAUGACGGCUUCCACCAAGUGCCAGGCCGCAACCGUGGUCGUGGUGGUCGUGGACGUGGAGGAGAUGGCGAGUUCCGCGGUCGUGGAGGCCGUCGUGGCAACUUCCGUGGUGGAUUCCGUGGAGACCGUGGCAAUGGGGAGUUCAGAGGCCGGGGCCGUGGUCGCGGUGCUCCUCGUGGAGGUGCUGAUGCGUUCGAGCAAUGA